CCUCCUCCUCCCUCUCCCUCCCUCCUCCUCCGGUCGGACGGCCACAUUCCCCGCUACCUUUCACCCCGGAGAAGCCCCGAUCUGACGGAUAAGCAGCGCGGACAGAGCCCGGGACAACAUGGCGUCAGGUGUGACCGUGAACGAUGAGGUCAUCAGGGUGUUUAACGACAUGAAGGUGAGGAAGUCCAUGUCCCCCGAGGAGGUGAAGCUGAGGAAGAAGGCGGUCCUGUUCUGCCUCAGCGAGGACAAGAAGAAGAUCAUCGUGGAGGAGGGCAAGCAGAUCCUGGUGGGGGACGUGGGCCAGACCGUGGAGGACCCCUACGCCGGCUUCGUUAAGCUCCUCCCACACAACGACUGCCGCUACGGCCUCUACGACGCCACCUACGAGACCAGGGAGUCCAAGAAGGAGGACCUGGUCUUCAUCUUCUGGGCUCCAGAGGGCGCUCCGCUGAAGAGCAAGAUGAUCUACGCCAGCUCUAAAGAGGCCAUCAAGAAGAAGUUCACAGGAAUCAAACAUGAGUGGCAGGUCAACGGUCUGGACGACAUCCAGGACCGCAGCACGCUGGCGGAGAAGCUGGGGGGGAGCGUGGUGGUGUCUCUGGAGGGGAAGCCUCUGUGAGGGGGGGGGUGGGCGGCGAGCAGAGCGGAGCCACGCAGACCCCCCCCCAGCUGCUGCUGCUCGCUCUGCCCUCCGGCCCCGGCCCCCCAGGAGUCAGCGUCUCCACGCCUUUCUGGUUCCUUUUGGUUCGUUUUGCUUUUCCCACCAUGAAGGAGAUCUCAUUAACUCAACGAUAUGCAAGCCCCUCCCACUCUGUUGCCAUGGCUUCUGCUCGCCCAGAAGUGACACACACACA